GGAAGUUGUUCUCUGAUGUCGCUGAAUUGGAAGAUGUUCAGACAUCUAAUGCUGGAGAUAGACAUCUGCUGUGUGGAGAGCCUGAGCAGGGAGAUUUGCUCAGUAAAGCAGAUCAGAUGGUGGGCCAGAAUCUCGGCCUUGAUAAAGGUGUGGUUGUACUCAUGACUGGCACCAAAGUGGUCAUAAAACCAGCCUACAGCAGCCAUGGAGAAUGUGCAGCCUGGGAUUUAGCAUCAUCUUAUGGCAGCCUGAAUUGACUUUCAGUCCGUAUUUGCAGCCUUGCAGAGCUUUAGCUGGAUCUUGAACAUCUUCAUUCUAUUGACUACAGCUCAACAAGAUUUUAUUUGGUUUUGUCGUGUUUAGGAGCUAUGCAGAGACCAUCAUUUUUUAGUUCAAGUCUUGAAACAGAAGUGGUAGCAGCAUUGCAAUUUGAUUCAUGUGUGACCUUCCCUGUGCCCUGGAACCAAUGAAGUCAGUAUGCUUGUGUGGAUACACCUCCUUCCUUGGAAUGGGUCAGGAUGUGAACUGCAUACAGUAGUCAUAUACAGCCAUCCUGAUGUCAACUGGCAAAUGACAAAACCAGCCCAGCAAUAAGGAAACUUGCAAAGAAAAACAGCAAAGAUGCAACCCUGGCAAACAGCACACUCUUUGGUCCUCCAAAAUGCCAGCAAAGCUGUUCUCAUCACCAGAGAUCUCCAUAAGGGAAAUAUUAGAAGAACUGUCAUUUAGUAAACUCUCUAUUAUUGAACAUAAAAUAAGGAAAACAAAAUAAACUGUGUUUCAUCUGCCUUUCAAACCAACAUCUCUAGAAACAAUUCUAUGAAGACUUUUUUACAUUUAGAGAUGAUCAGUGAAUAGCUAAUUGACUUAAUCAUCUUAAAUCACCCUUCCCUAAAUAAGAGCUCCUGGGGGCACUGUUUCCUCGAGAAAAUAGGGAAGAAAAGCCAAGAAAAACCAGAUGUUUCUGUUCUCAGAAUUUCCAACAGCGAUACACAGUGAUAUGGUGGAGGAUGACACACAAGUGAUAGAAGGAUUAUCAGCAAGUUGUGAAGCUAUGAAAACUACUCAGAUUCAAAAAUGAAUGUUAUCUAAAAAAGCUGUUCGUAAGAGAAGCUGGGAAGCAGUGGAACAAUGUAUUUGGUAACUUAUGAAAGGAUUUCCAAAAGUAAUCACUCAUUAUAUCUGCUUGCACAAGGUGGGGAAAAAAAUCCAUCCUGUUGCUAACCAGUGCUGUGGUAGAAAAUAACAGCUAGUCUGUUAGAGAGCACUGGAAAAAAAGCGGGAAUACAUUUCAGUUCCUAAAGUGUCUGUGCCUGAAAGAAGGUUCUAACAAGAACUGCAUAACAGGCCACCUAUUAAUUACUAUGCAAGCGAAUUGACUAUGAUCCAAUGCUUCAAACAAACAAGCGAAAAACCCUUCAUGUACUAUUGCAUACUGAUAAACAGAAGAUCAGGUGGUUUUUUGUUUUGGUUGGUUUUUUUUGUUUGUUUGUUUUGUUUUGUUUUGUUUUUGUGAAAUGUCCAUUUUCAAAGACAGACUACCUUCAAAUUUUAGGAUCAUUUCAAGUGAGAUUUGUUUUUUCAAUGCCAUCUGCAAAGUAAGCUCGGCGUAAAGCUGAGUGACAGCAGUCGUGUGCAGGACUCCUCCUCCAGGGGAUUUACUGUAAUGUAACACCUUGGUUUGGUGAACAGUCCUCACUGUGGAAAAGCACCGGUGUUCCUCUGAGAUGAAACGUUCUGGGUGAACUGGUCACCGCUUUGGAUUUUCUCGUUGCUGCACGUUCAGAGUUUUGUAUAAAUAGCAGAAGUGGAGAUGAAGAGCAGGGUGACACAAAUAAACCAUGGGUCCAGUCAUGAAAAGAAAGAAAAAUACAGUCCACGGCACAGAAGUUUGACUCCAGAGGACAGGGAUGUAGAGCGUGACAGGUCUCCAUCUCCCAGAAGAAGAAGAUAUUCUGAUGACAGCAGAUAUGAUCAAGAAUAUUCAAGAAGGGAGUAUUACGAUGACAGAUCUUCAGAAAGAAGGAUGGAGAGAGGGAGAGACAGAUACUAUGAAAAGUGGGAAGAAAGAGAUUAUGAUCGAAGGAGGAAGAGAAGACUCUCUUCCCCUGAUCAUAGGAGUCCAGAGAGGUCAACAGUUCAGGGCUCAAAUACUCAUGAAGAGGCCACUUCAAAGAAGAAGAAAGAAGAAGUGGAUCCAAUCCUUACUCGCACAGGUGGUGCAUAUAUUCCACCUGCCAAGCUCAGGAUGAUGCAAGAACAAAUUACUGAUAAAAAUAGCUUGGCAUAUCAGAGGAUGAGUUGGGAAGCCUUGAAGAAGUCCAUCAAUGGUCUCGUCAAUAAAGUAAACGUUUCUAAUAUAGAAAAUAUUAUUCAUGAGCUGCUUCAGGAGAAUAUUGUUCGAGGAAGGGGAUUGCUGUCUAGAUCCAUUUUGCAAGCUCAGGGUGCCUCUCCAAUUUUUACCCAUGUUUAUGCGGCUCUUGUGGCAAUUAUUAAUUCAAAGUUUCCAAAUAUUGGUGAAUUGAUUCUCAAGAGGUUGAUACUAAAUUUUCGCAAAGGAUAUCGCAGAAACGAUAAGCAACUCUGUCUGACGUCUUCAAAGUUCGUUGCUCAUUUGAUGAAUCAGAAUGUGGCUCAUGAGGUUUUAUGUUUGGAAAUGCUCACCUUGCUUCUUGAAAGGCCUACUGAUGACAGUAUUGAAGUAGCAAUUGGAUUUCUUAAGGAGAGUGGGCUCAAGCUAACAGAAGUUUCUCCUAGAGGCAUUAAUGCAAUCUUUGACCGUCUUCGACACAUUCUCCACGAGUCUAAAAUUGACAUGCGUGUUCAGUACAUGAUAGAAGUUAUGUUUGCGGUACGGAAGGAUGGCUUCAAGGAUCAUCCAAUCAUUCCAGAGGGAUUAGAUCUAGUGGAAGAGGAAGAUCAGUUUACUCAUAUGUUGCCUUUAGAAGAUGAAUACAACCCAGAGGAUGUUCUUAAUGUUUUCAAGAUGGAUCCCAACUUCAUGGAAAAUGAAGAGAAAUACAAAGCGCUCAAGAAAGAAAUCCUUGAUGAAGGUGACAGUGAGUCUGAACCAGAUCAGGAGGCUGGAAGUAGUGAUGAAGAGGAAGAUGAAGAUGAAGAGGAGGAUGAAGAUGGCCAGAAAGUUACUGUCCAUGACAAGACAGAAAUCAACCUGGUUUCCUUCCGUCGUACCAUUUAUCUUGCUAUUCAGUCAAGCUUAGACUUUGAAGAAUGUGCUCACAAAUUGCUGAAGAUGGAUUUUCCUGAAAGUCAAACGAAAGAACUCUGCAACAUGAUACUUGACUGCUGCGCUCAGCAAAGAACAUAUGAGAAAUUCUUUGGGUUACUGGCAGGGCGUUUCUGCAUGUUAAAAAAAGAAUAUAUGGAAUCCUUUGAAGCUAUUUUCAAGGAACAGUAUGAUACCAUUCAUCGUUUGGAAACAAACAAAUUAAGGAAUGUUGCCAAGAUGUUUGCUCAUCUGCUGUACACUGAUUCCAUUCCCUGGAGUGUUCUGGAGUGUAUAAUACUGAGUGAAGAAACAACCACAUCCUCCAGUAGGAUUUUUGUCAAAAUAUUCUUUCAGGAGCUUAGUGAAUAUAUGGGACUUCCAAAUUUAAAUGCAAGACUAAAGGACAUAACAUUGCAGCCUUUCUUUGAGGGAUUACUGCCUCGGGAUAACCCAAGAAACACUCGCUUUGCCAUCAAUUUCUUCACUUCUAUUGGCCUUGGAGGACUUACAGAUGAAUUACGGGAGCAUCUGAAAAAUGCACCAAAGAUGAUAAUGACUCAGAAACAAGAUGUUGAGUCAUCAGAUUCAUCUUCAUCUUCGGAAACAGACUCUUCUUCAGAUUCUGAUUCUGACAGCAGUAGCAGUAGCUCAGAGUCAUCCAGCAGCAGUGACUCUUCAUCUAGCAGUAGCGACAGCAGUGACUCAGAUGCUUCCAAAGCUAAAAGAAGGAGAACACAAAAGAAAAACAGAGAGUCUGAAAAAGCUUCCCGGAAAAAACAAGAAAGGAAAAGAAAAUCGCUUGAGAAGAAAGUGGGAAGGAGGCGGCAAGAGGACAUAAGUGAUAGUGAGAGCAAGUCAGAAAGGAAUCACCGAAACAUGAGAGAAGCACACAGGAGGGAUGACACAUCAAAAUAUCAGUACAGAGAUGAGUCUAAUGGCAGAGACGAUUACGAAGCACAUAGGAGAGAUGACAUAUCAAAAUACCAUCACAGGGAUGAGUCUAAUGGCAGAGAUGAUUACCAUAGUGGAAGAGAUAGGAACUAUGAGAGAAGUAAGGAUCUAGAAAAUAAACACAGCAAUUCAAAACUGAAGAAAGCAGAAAGAAGAGCUUCUUUUUCUGAUGAUGAAAGUUAUAGGCAUGGGAGCAGAGAUAAUGGACAUCGGAGUAGAAAAAGAGAAAGAUCUAGGUCUGGAGAGAGAUCCUAUAACAAGUCAAGUCCAAGGGAGGAAGAAGACGACCACCGAUAUAGAAAUGGCUCAGAAAGACUUAGAGAGAAGUACAACCAUUCCUCUGACCAGUACAGGGAAUCCAGAAAAUAUGAGGAUAGACGAGGGGAGAAUUCCCCACACAGACGAAAAUAAUACCUAAACAGUUUGAAAUAAAUGGGCGUUUCUGAGCUGUUGAAACUGUAUUUUAAAAAAUGACUAAACUUUCUUUAAAAAAGAUUUUGUACAAAGUGGUAGUUUGCAUUUGUAAAUUUUAUCAGACUUUUUCAAAUUUUCAGUACUGCUUUUUUUAUAACUGUUGCUUUAAGUCUUUCUGUUAAAUUCAUCCUCUGGGAAGAUGAAGUUGUUUAUUUUGUGAAUAAAACAGUUAAGAUCUCAGUGAAAUGGGUGUUUCUGUCACUUAAUUACAAGUAUUCAUAACUUUAUAGUAUAAAACCGUUGGAUUUUAACUUUGGCUUCAGUAUCAAAGAUACUGAAGCUAACGUAAGAAUCUCAGAUUAUACUAUAGAUGAUGCAUGGGAAGGCUUUUUAAAAGGAAUUACAUCAGCAUGAGCACUACAUGCAUUCUAUAGUUACAUAUUCUUCCAUCUUCAUAAAUGUGGAAGUAAGUUUGACCAAAAUUUUUUAGGAAAACCUUUGUUUAUUUUUUCAAGAGUUAAAAAUUGGAAAUGCAGUUUUGUUAUUUUAAGUGUCACUUUUGAAAGUGUGUCAACUUGUUCUGUGUUACUUUUCACAAUGUUUUUUAAUGUUAUAACAUCCUAAGCUUGUGAUCUACGCUUGUGAUCUUACAGAGAGGAAGAAAUGUUUUUGACUGAAUCUGAUUUAAAGUCAUGUGUAGACUUCAGGUGUAGUUCUGAGGGAAAUGUUUAAGGAAUGUCUUUACUGCUAUACUUUAAAAAAAAAAAAGUGAAACAUAAGAUUUCAAAUCUUCUUCGCUUUGAAUUGUGUGGCUCGAAAUGCUCAAGCUUACUGGAAGCUAAGUUUUACCAAAAACAAAAAAACCCCAGCAAUUGAAGAUAUGGAAGUAGUACUACCUAAGAGUAAUUUGAAGCACUAGCUCAACAUUCAUUGUUUGACUUAUAAAUCAGAAUCGUGGUUAAGAUUAAAUAAAAAAGACAAGUACAGAAAGUCUUUUGACAUGAAAUAGUAACGUGGCCAUAGUCAGUAGAAAAGACAGGAAUGACAGUAAUGUGUAACUCAACUCUUAGUGCCAUAAAACCAUAUUUUUCACUUUGCAAAAUGAACAUAAUUUCUGAGCACAUGAAAAUAUGCAGAUUUCAUUUAUGCAUUGUAUUUCAUUGCAUGUAGAACGUUAUAAAAAUGCAUUUGAGCUGUUUUGUAACAGAAAACAGAGCAAUUCCUAAGGAACUAGACUAGUUUGGGGUAAAUCUUGUCACAACAUUUUUCUAAGAAAAAUGAUGCUUUGUAUUUCUGUUCUGUGUUUAACAGAAUUUAUUUCUGCCAGUUUUCAUGCACUUAAAUGUUUUCAAAGAUACUAACAGAAAA